CCCUCUUUCACAAAGAUUGGCCGCGGAGCAUGCGCAUGCGUUGGAGGGGGCGAUGGCUAUGGAUGACAUGUACGGAGGUGAGGGUGGUGUCCUGCCGGAUGAGCCUGUAAUACAGGUACAGGUCCCUGCCACAGAGCAGGGCAGAGGUGAUGCAGAUGAUCGUGCCGAGGAGCUGCCAGUGCGUACACGUGAUUCAGAUGAUGGGCGCGACCGCUUGCGGUCACUCGUCRGUAUGACGGCUCCAACUGYUGGGGGAGGGGCGACAACGACUCCUGGCAGGCAGGUUGYAUCCACAAAUAUGACGUUGAGAGUGAGACAGUCGACCUUGGAUCCUUUCAUUGGGAACAAGGUGCAAAAGGAUCUCGAUCAUAUCUUGGCACUUGCCACGACUACUUUCAUGAUGUUGGAGAGGUUGUGGGCACAGAGGUUCGUGCUUGACGAGGUGGUGUCAUCGGAUAAGUGGAGACGUGCAYGAUGGGCCGGCGAUGAACGGACUGAGGAGCCGGAGGUCCGCAGACUGUGCAGRUCUGAUUCAUGGUGGCAGCAGGUGAAGAGAGUGAUGGACGUCAUAGAGCCGUGUUACAAUUUCCUUAGGGACAUGGACCGUGACGGGUCGUCACCGCCUGGUUUGUGGGAUUUGCAGUCAAUCCUUGAGAGGGAGAUUGAUGCUCUGCAGUUGGAGGAGCGUGAGAGGGCGACUGYCAUGGAGAUUGUGGCGGACAGGCAGCCGGAUAGUCGUUAUAUCGACGUGUGGGCGGAUAUGGUGGAGGACCCCGCGGAGGAGAUCGACGACGCAGAUGUCAUGCCCGCAGACAUGGGCGAGGAGGAGUGGGAGCACAUGGAUCAGGUUAACCGUCGCAAGGAUGGUCGUAACCGGAGAACAUCUGUAUCGGCGGAUGAUCAUGUGGCAGAUGAUGAGUCCCCAUGGCAAGAUGCGGUAUGGAUGCACUGCGAAACAGUGGAGCGUGCACAGGCGGAUAGGGGCAAACGGAAGGCGGUCGCAGAGGACCAGCACGAUAUUAUGGAUGAGUGGGCGACAUUGGACCCUCACACAGACUUCGACUCCUACGUGGAUGGCAGUUUCCAGACGGUGAGGACCCUUCGAAGCAGGGCGGGAGGUCACGUUGAUGUGGAGGGUCUAUUGGCGAGAGACGAUGCAGAGGAAGAGGACAUUCAGCGCUGCYACGAGGACAUCCUUGCGUCAACUGCACAUCCACGGGCGACAGAGAUCCGGUCAUCAGGCGCCGCGACAGCACAGUGCCUCAUUCGUCCAGAGUCUUCUCAUCAUGCGGRGCCAGUCACCAGCAGAGGCUACAGRAUAGCAUGGGUGAUAGGUCAGCUCAGGGAUAGGGUGGAGCAUGUGGUAGAGCAGCGUGCAGAGCGUCCGGGGGUCAGACAGACUGUCGUGCAGACAGUGGAUCAGAGGGUGGAUGAUGUAGUACAGGACUUGACGGGCCAGAGGGUUAAGGAGAGGGUGGAUCAUAGCGCAGAUCGGAGAUUGGAUGAGAGAGCACACCCGCCAGACAGGGAGGGCAUUCGUCCCAUGGUCGUGCAGACUGCAGAGCAGCAUGUGGGGGUGGGUUUGGCCGCGAUGGUGGAGCAAAGGGCGGAGCAAAAGGUACAUCUAUGUGCUGCCUUAGGUGUAGAUCCUAGGGUGGAGCAGAGGGUGGAGCAGAGGGUGGAGCAGAGGGUGGAAGUUAGGGUGGAUUAGUGUGGAGCACCACGUGGACCAGGGGAGAUCAAACAUCGUUCGCGAGAGAGUGGGCGAGAGGAUUGACGGGAGUGUCGUCGGAGAUGAGGGCGGUGUGAUGGUGGAGGAGAGAAUAAAGGAUAGGGAUAGGGAACCCCCRCAGGAGAGUAGUGCACGAGACAUCGCACUCACCGGAGCUCCGUUCUACGGGAUUCCCCCGUUACCCCCACGUGCCGCACACUCCUCGCAGGGGCCGGAUCUUGGUUUACGUGGCAUGUCGUCACCACAUCGC